UGUUGGUGGCGUGCGGGUGGCGAUUGCCGGUGGGACUGAGAAGAAAAUAUCCAUCAUUUCUCUAUUCGCACACAUUUCUGGAAUGAACAAUGGCCGGUACCGCUGAUCGGAUUGAGGGAUGGGCCGACAAGUGGUCGGCGGACAUCAUCCCGUUCCACCAGGGUGAUGUCAACCCGUGCCUCAUAAAGUGGUGCUUCAAGCUGGCGCACGACGACCAGCCGCGCAAGUUCCUGGUGCCUCUCUGCGGCAAGUCCGUCGACAUGAUGUGGCUGUACAAGAAAGGGCACACCGUCGUCGGCAUAGAGGGUGUGGAGAAGGCUAUCGUCCAGUUCUUCACGGAAAACGACCUGAAGUAUACGAAAUCGCCCACCGGAGCUGGACAGCUGUUCCAGACAGCGGACGGCCGCCUCCAGCUGCACCAGGCCGAUAUCUGCGAGAUGGAUCCGGGGCUGAUCGGUCCCGUAGACGCCAUCUGGGACCGCGGCUCCUACGUGGCAAUCUACUGCGAGGACAGGCCCAAGUACGCCAAGUUCAUGAAGGGCGUGAUGUCGCGCAAGUGCCAUUACCUGCUGUCGGCGGUGGAGUACGACUCCAGCCUGUUCUCCGGGCCGCCCCGCCAUCUCUCCGAGGAUGACAUUAAGAACGACUGCG